AGUUGGCGGAAGUACAGCAGCUGUUUCCGGUUGUUUUGUCUGUGGUGGUCUGCCUUGGUUCGGCUCGGCUCGGCCCAGACCCGACCAGCAGCGGUGGUUUAAGCUGAAGUGGACUUGUGUGUGACCGCGGAGGAAAGAUGGCGGCUCCUGCUCUCUCCAGUCGGGCUGGCUCGGCGGGCAGCCUCGGGAACAGCCCCACUAUGGCCGCCGGGAGGCUCCCGCACGGAGGCGGCGUCGGGCCCGAGCUCGACUUCAGGUCGGCGGCCCGUAUGGAGGACCUAAACCGCCUCAUCCAGGAGUUUAGCAAGCACGACCAGCGGGAGUACGAUGACCAGCGGGCGCUAGAGAUCCACACAGCGAAGGACUUCAUCUUCUCCAUGCUCGGUAAGAAACAAAUUCCUACACCGAGCUGAGCCCCGGGAUCACGCCGGGCUGCGGAGCCUAAAAACGGGGUGUUUUCUCCGGUCAUAGGGGCGCUAUCAGAGGGAUGCUAACCCCGAGCCUCCGGGCUCCACCGCUCCUGCAGUUUCAGGUUUUUAAACACAUUUAGGACCUGUGAAUCGGAGGAAACACACCUGCCUCAAUGUUACACCCGUGACAGUCUAUUUCACUGUAAAUAUAGGAAAGUCACCCAUUUUAAGUGUUAAUACGAUAAGAUUACCUGCUUCACUGUCAAUAUGAGAAAAAAAUAACCUGUUUAAGUGUAACUAUGAUACGAUAACCUACCUCUGUGUCAAUAUUAGAAAAUCACCUGCUUCAGUGAAAGUGUAAUCCUCAGCUUUUUAAAGGGCAUUGAAAGUGUCAGCUGUAAGGAUGAAAAGAUUAAGACGCCCUUCUGUCUGUUUUUACAAUGAAUGGUGUGAGUUACUGCCAAGAUAAUGAAAAAUCAGCACAAGGCUGUAAAAAUCUUUGUGUUGUGAACACCAUGAAAAAUAAAACACAAGCUUGACUCGAUAGAUAGAUAGAUAGAUAGAUACAUAGAUAGAUAGAUAGAUAGAUAGAUAGAUAGAAAUUUUACUUUAAUAUAUUCGCUGAAAACUCACCCAGACAUGAAGGGAGGGAACCAUGGCUGAAAUUCUAGCUAGACAAUACAAUAUGUAUGGUUACGAUCUAGAUAAUUAACUAAGUGAGUCUUUGCGUUUUUCUCAAUUUCAGAAUCUCACAGAAUCUCGCCUGUUCAACCAGCUGCUGGCAUUGUCUUGUCUUAAAUGGCUUAAAAAGUAAACAAAAAUGUUUUUUAUCUUUUAUUUUGAAGAAAUCUCCACCUCACUGUGAAGCUGAUAACAAAAACUGUCCAUCGAAAAAAAUGUGGCUGUUAGAUUAAAUAAAGUUACAAAUGUUUGCUUUAUUUCAGAGGACUGUGGAAAAAUUCUAUCAUUAUGAAUGUUUAAAAAAAUCAUCUCUUAAUUUUAUAAAAUGUCUGCAUUACUGUGAGGACAGGUGAUGAUGUGAGGAAAUGAUACUGACUAUGAAUCUUAACUACAUGAGCUGUCAUGCAUUUUUUUCAUCCUGCUCUAACUGUAAACAGCUGAGCUCAGGUGAGGUGCAUCUUCAGUGGAGCUAGCUGUCAGCAGGUGACACUCAAAGAAGAGCUGCAGUCAGUCACCAUAUCAUAGACUCUAACCGGUUAGAUUAGAUCAGGGAGAAACAAGACUUUGGAGCACCAGGAGAUUACUGGACCAGGAGGAGGCAGGUGGAGAGAGGAGAGCAAGGAGAUGAGCAGGAGCAGGAGAGAUGAGAGAAGGGAGAGAAGGAGGAGAGAGAAGCAGGGAAAGCAGGGAGAAGAAAUGAAAUCAAAACUCUUUCUGUGAAUCGAUUCUAUCCAUCAAAAUAAUUAUGAUUCAGAUUUUUCUUUCAGAGCUGUCUUAAGCUCUCUGGUGUUUUUCUGGCACAGUGAAUGUUUAUCUUCACAACGAAACCUUUAUUUGAAUAUUAAAAGUCUUUUUUAUAAAUAUAUAUGCCAUGACAGGAUUAAAAUAAAGUUGCUGGUAAUAAAAACAGUUGAGUGGCAGGUUUGCAAAGAGGUUUGUUUAUCGCAUGAUGAAUCGAGUUGAUGGUUUCUGCCGUCUUGAUAUUUUUUUGUUCCUGAAACAACUUGGCAAAGUCACCUGAAACCUUUAAUAUCUCUUAUUAUGCCUCACAUUAAAGGUGGGGUAGGCAGGAUCUGAGGAAGUGCCAGUUUUUGGCAGCAAUCUUGAAUGUAGGGAUGUGCCGAUAUACGAUUUAAACGCGAUGUGCAAUACUAAAUAGCUGCGAUUAUGAAAUCAUUAGAUACUGUAAAAAUCAUUCCACAAUUAUAAUUUAAAGACGAGUGGCAGCGUCGCUCAGUGGAGGUGAGCGAAGCCGAGUAGUUAACUAGCAAAUAUUCCGAAUCAGAGGGCUAUUGUUUUUGGUUUAUCUGAAUAUUCUGAAUGAAAACAUUAAAGGCACACGCUUUUGAAUCCACCCAACGGUAAGGAAAACUUGGAUAAUUUCGCCUUGUUGUGUACUUUCAUCCGCGCUCCCGUCAGGGGUGCAUUCAACGGCAGGGGUGCAUUCUACGGCAUAACACCAGACCAAGAACAGUCGGAGACUAAGAAUGACGAAAUGCCUCGGCUGUAUCCUCCUGUUAAAAAGGUUUUGUCGGACGUUUUACGGCUUCACAAAACAGACCUGACACCAAUCUGCAGGUUAUGCUGUAAAGAAGUUGCAGCGCAGUUGUCUAACACUUCAAACCUACGUGCCCACCUCCGUGAACACCAUUCAGCAUCGUUCGCCCAAAUCAAGGUAAAAACAACAUGACAGCAAUAUGUUUGGUCUGCUCUACUGCUUAUUAUUGACAACAUUAGUGACGUUUUUGCUACUUAAGCUCCAAAAACCUAAUGCUCCCAACAUCGCGUUAGCUGCCUCUUGCUCAUAUUGUUUGUGCGUGUCAUGCUGUGCACAGAAAAGUGAUUUCGCAGUUUUUGCCAUUUUUAAUAACGUUAAAAGCACUGCGCUAAUAUCGUUAUAAUAUCAUGAUAUUUUAAGGCCACCAAUAUCGUGAUAUCAAAUUUUUUAUAUCGGCACAUGCCAACUUAAAUGUAAACUCUACCUCUCCCAACCAGUUUUCCCCUCAGCUCCUCCUCUCUUCUCCCUCUCUGCUCCAGCAAGCCCCGCCCACAAACAAACGCUCAUGCUCACUUGUACUGUUCCAAUUAAAUUCAGAUAUAAUUCAGAUAAAUACUUCAGAUAAUUACAAAUAGAGCCCUGUCAAAGUGAAAGUAAACAGCAUUGGUGCUACCGUAGAUACCAACAGACUAUCAGCAAACACAAUGUUUGCAGGACUUCUACAACUAGGAUAAAGUGACAUACUCCAGGACCCGAGGUCAACAGUUUAGCAGCGCUACAACACGCAGUAGGUCCCAUUUGACAAGAAACACUUCUGUUACAGACACUUGGCUUACUCUGGUAAAACGGUUUAUCUGUCCAGCAGAAAGGUUACAGGGUCCGUAAGAUCCCGAAGCGUCCCCUAAGCGUUUAUGCUUCAUUGAUGUUUACCCUGCUUUUUAGCUCUUGCCCUGUCUACCUCUUUUUAAGCGCCUGUUAUUCCGCCAGAGUCUCCGGAAUUGGCUUCGUUGUCUUGCUUUUGUUGGCAGUCAUGGCUAAAGGAGGAUUCAGACAAUUUUCUGUACUUUCUUGUUGGUUUCGAGGAUUUGUUUUCUUACUGUCCGAUAUUGUAGCACGCUAACUUUGUUUGGGCUCAUAAACAUUACUCUUGGAGCGUGACGCACAACAUGAGGAAGCAGUGUCUGCCUCACAACCAAUCAGGUUGGGGAGGUGGAGAACGGCUCUGUUUACAGUCAGAAUAAGUGGACCGCUCAAAAAUUUUACAAUGUUGACUACACAGACAUAACAGAACACAACGAUAUCAUGACAUUACCAAAUGUCAUCAAUAACGAAUAAAUAUUGACUGAUAUUAAAAGUUUUUUUGUAUACACCACAAAAAAAGAUGCUUCUUUAAUGGAUUCCUGCCUGGUCCACCUUUGAGGUAAAACCUCCUCCCUGUUUUCACAGACAGGAACACUUCUCACUGUUAAUGAUGGCCAUGAUCUUACAGAGUGGGGUCUCUCCUCUGCUGUUAGAAAAACUUCUGCUCUCGCUGUGAUCAUAACUGAAUGAAAAAAUGAAGAGACAGGAAGAGGAUACAUGGAGUAUGAGCUGCUGUAGGAAUGCAGGUUUUUAUCAGUGGAAAAUACUUCCUGUUGAAACGGUUCAUUGUGGUUCUGGAUCGCCUCCAAGAUACAAAUGAGAGAAGUUGAACACAGUGUCCUGCAAACACACAGACACACUGCAGAAAAAAGUCAAUCUGACUGACCUACACAGCUAAAUUUAGAGAAAUCUGCAGAGGAGCAGACAGAUUGCUUUUGUUUGAGAUGCAAACAAGAUCUUCUUGAAAGUCAUCUUGAUGUGGACAGAACAGUCAGAUCCUUUCUGCUCUCCACUGAAGAAGAGCUCUCAAAAUGUGCAAACAGGAGCCAAGCAAAGCUCCUGAUGUUUCCACAGCCUGUUUUAAUCCUGUCAGGCUGACAGAAAGUCAAAACUAGAUAUAGACUUGGUUAGAUUUCCCCAGUUCAUCAGUCCAGCAGACACAAGAAGCUGUUUCUGACCAUGAAAAUACCUCAACCUUGUGUUGUCAGCAUCAGGAUGUUUAUUUUGGGGCACAAAUUUGGAGGAACAUCAUGAAAUCAACUCACUGACAGCCUCCAGUUUGCAUCACCAUAUCUGUCUUCAGAGAUCACUCAGUCAAAUAUCACUGCAUACUUACACUUAGUCUCCCAUGUUAAGUCUCUCUGAUUUUUAACCCCUCAAAUGCCUUCAAAAGGACUGUGUCAGCAUGCUCUGUUAGUGUGCUGCAAUAAAUAACUGCAUGGGUGUUGUGAGGGUUGAAAACCAGUGCACACUGAACACGUUUUGGAUCCCUUAGAUGAAAAGUGAAAAUCAUCAUGCUGCGAUUUAGAAACUGACAUGUAAAGGAGAUGGAUCAAAAUGAGUAUCCUGUGCACGCUUCUGUCUGACCUCUCAGCUCUGGGAAACAGUUAAAACCACCAAACCAGCGGAGUCUGUCCACUCCAGUACAGCCCAGGAAUGCAGGCUUCAGCCAGAAAGUGUGUGUGUUUUCACUUCACUGUUGGUUCAGCAGAGCAGAAAACCAGUCCAGACCGACCCAGUCCAACUGUUGAUGGUGAACCCAGUAACUUGUCCAGACUGACACAGUUCAGACCCCUCAAGUGUCAAACCCUCCCAGAAAGACAACCUCAAAACACAAACUUUACAGUAGAUACAAUCACACCGCCUCAGAAAAAGUUUGACAUGCUUUUAUUUUGAUGGUUAGUUCUGUUUGUGGUACGAUCGCUUUAUUUCCUGCUUUUAUUUUUAAGGUUACUAGUGCUGGGACAUCACGAGUUAGUGAAGUGGCUGAAAACAGACGAGAGACGUUCAGAAGUGACCUGAAGGAUCAGCUGUUAAAAAUCUGUCAUACCAGUGUUUAAAAUGUUUUCAUUUGCUUCUACCUCUCUCAGGAAUGGUACAGAAGUUGGACCAGAAGCUCCCAGUGGCCAACGAGUACCUCCUCCUGUCAGGUGGUGUCCGGGAGGGUGUGGUGGACAUGGACCUUGACGAGCUCAGCGUCUAUGCACGCGGCACAGAUUACGACAUGGACUUCACCCUACUCGUCCCUGCGCUGAAACUCCACGACCGCAACCAGCCAGUGACUCUAGACAUGAGACACUCUGCCCUGGGACACUCCUGGCUCAGCCUCCGCCUUUUUGACGAAGGUACCAUCAACAAGUGGAAGGACUGUUGCACCAUCGUGGACCACAUCAACGGCACCACUAACUACUUCUUCUCUCCAACGCUGGUGGCUGACUGGUUCUACCAGUCCAUCUCACUGGUGCUGCUGGAGGUGCAGAAGAAGCCGCAGAGAGGGAUGCCCAGAGUGGAGAAGGUGGAGAGGAACGGCACCAUCAUUUCUGUCAUCCUGGGUGUGGGGAGCAGCCGGAUGCUCUACGACAUCGUCCCAGUGGUGUCCUUUAAAGGCUGGCCAGCCGUGGCUCAGAGCUGGCUGAUGGAGAACCACUUCUGGGAUGGUAAGAUCACCGAGGAGGAGGUGAUCAGCGGCUUCUACCUCGUCCCUGCCUGCUCCUACAAAGGCCGCAAAGAGAACGAGUGGCGCCUGUCGUUCGCACGCAGUGAGGUGCAGCUGAAGAAGUGUAUCUCAUCCAGCCUGAUGCAGGCAUAUCAGGCCUGCAAAGCCAUCAUCAUCAAGCUGCUGUCCCGCCCCAAAGCCAUCAGCCCCUACCACCUUCGCAGCAUCAUGCUGUGGGCCUGCGACCGCCUCCCUGCAAACUACCUGGCACAGGACGACUUCUCUGCCCACUUCCUGCUGGGCCUGAUCGAUGAUCUGCAGCACUGUCUUGUCAACAAGAUGUGUCCCAACUACUUCAUUCCUCAGUGCAACAUGCUGGAGCACCUGUCGGACGAGACAGCCAUGCUGCACGCCCGCAAACUCUCCUCAGUGCGCUCGGACCCAGCCGAGCACCUCCGCACCACCAUUGAGCAUGCCAAGGCCGCCAACAGGCUGACGGUGGACCUGCAGUGGCGAGGCAGCUCCAACAACCUGCCGUCUCCACAGUCUGACGCCGGCGGGGAGAAUCAGCCUGAUGACCGGCUGGCGAAGAAGCUCCAGCAGCUGGUCACAGAGAAUCCUGGGAAAUCCAUCUCCGUCUUUAUCAACCCAGACGACGUCACGCGGCCACAUUUCCGUAUUGACGACAAGUUCUUCUGAGACUGACAAACACACUCCUCCUCCCCUUUCCCCUACACUCCUCGCGCCCCUCCAAAACUUAAUUUUGUACAUUUUUAUGUUUCUCUGCCACAGAGUGAAGUGAUCGUCCAAUUGUGUCUGCCACGAUUUUAUUUUUUUAUUUUUAUUUUUCUAUUCCUCUCCCCUCGUUCCUCCUCUUUCACUGUGUGCCCUGUGUUUUUUACCUGCUGAUUGCCUUUUCAACAGACAGCUGAAUAGCAGCAGGUGGAUUUUAAAGCUGAAGGAGGAGUCAAAACCCACCUGAGGAUAGAAACGCUGAUCCGAGUCAUUUCAUAAUCAGGGAAAUGAUGACAGGAGACAAACAACUCCUGAAAAGUGUCACAGACGCUUGAUUGAGGUCUAGAUUAAGACCAUUGACGUAGAUUAUGGCCAGUAGAUAUCACUUAUUAACAGAUAAUAGGAAAUCUUCAGUAGAAAAUUAAACUUGUGAAUAACCAAGUCACGGUUGCAGAAAUUCAGUGUCACAUCUGGCGAUUUUAAACCAGUGGUUCUCAACCUUUACCGCUGCAAGAGUAAUAGCAUGGAUAUGAAGGACGUCCUUUCCCACAUGUUGGUGUUCUGUGAGAAAGUCACUCAGAUUGAUUUCUUAGUCUCUAGAUUCAGACACAAAAGAAGAACACAACAAAACACCCAAGACCAAGGAAACAUCUGCUAAAUUUGCUCUGACUUAUCUGGUGACCCCCAAAUAUUAUCUUCUCGCUGUGGGGGUCAGGACCCAAAGGUUGGGAACCACUGAUUUCAGGACUCUGAUGCCCCCUCUUUGGAAGUCUCAUCCUGGUCUCUAAUAAUAGACUUAACAGACCUGUUACUGUGAGAUACUCUCUGAGACAUCAUUAGUAAGGGCUAGUUUCUCAGAUAGUGAAUCUUAGGCCUUGUCCACACAUAGCGGGUAUUCGCGCAUAUCAAUAUAUUUUUAUACGUUUUGGCCUGCCAUCCACCAGAAGCCGCUGGAUUACGUCAUUAAAAAUGGUGCUUUCGCUAAACUCCUGCCCAAGUGACGAUUUUGGAAAACUCCAGUUUUGCGUUUACGCGUGGACAUAGAUAACCGGAGUUUCAAAUUCCCAAAUGUCAUUGUCUGCAACAACUAAUAGAUAAACGUCAUAUACUAUGCGCCCUUGUUUACAUCAGGCAGUGGGUGGCACAGACAUGUACAGAAUAUAUAUUUAUGUGAGGAGCAAAUGAAGAGGAGUGCUUUGCAGUCGCAUAUUCUACACCAUAUAACCCUUCCUCCACUUUUCUUGUGUCUUGUUGACUUUAUGCUCCUAAACGAUGCUUAAAAGCUAUUCCACCUCUUUGUCGGUCAGCAUGAACGAUCUGCACAGCGCUAUGUUUCAUGUUUGGAGAAGUGAUGACGAGAAAGGGAAGCUUGCUCUGAUUGGAUAGAGUGGAUCUAACUUUUUGGCAAAUAUCACCAAUUCCAAUUUGUGAUAUCAAUAGCACAUGUAUGCGGUAUUGUGUGGAUGGGAUUUUAUUUAAAAACGAUGUUGUGUGUACGUAACCUUUUUUUUUUUUUUUUUUUUUUUUCAAAACGAAGGGGUUGAAUAUUCAUUUAUAAAAAUACCCAGCUACGUGUGUACAAGGCCUUAGUUUCUUGUGACAAACUGACUCUGAUGAGACACUCUCUUCUGCAGCUCCAAUCCGAGAAAAGUUAUGACCUUGUGUGAAAAAAAAAAAAAAAACAGUUUGAUAGGUCCAAACAGAAGAUGUAAUUUAAAAUAGACCAAAAUAGAGGACAAAUUAAAAGUUGAAACUGAACAAUGUUUUUAAUGCAAAGUUUCUGCUCAGUUUUGAGCAAAAGGGGAAAUGGGAACAACCAAACAUGUCAAAAGUUCAGAGGUCAAACGGGUGGUUUCAACAGUUACUAUGUUGUCUAUUUUGGUUAAAUAUAAGAGACUGUAGAACCAUCAGAUUCUGUUUUUAUCAUCCUUUCACAGAUCGGCCCAGCCUUUUGGAGUUGGGGAGUAGAUCAGCUCCCAGAACAGCCACUAGAUUGUUGAUAAGAUAUCCUACAGGAAGCUGUAGAUAAAUUCAGGAAUGGGGAUGCCAAAAAGGCACAAACAUGAAUCUUGGACCCAGGAGCGAAGAUGACAGGGUUCUGUUUGAAGGUGGAUUUUGUCCCUGCGAAGAAUGUCUCAGUCCUGCUGAGGGACGAUGGUACUAAUGUCUUAGAAACUAACUGUAUAUAGAGAAGAACUGACUGAACACUGAUGCGCGUAGACAGAGAAUUAGAGACUGAUGAUAAUGUGGACUACUUUUUCGUCUAAUUUUGCACAGAAUGUAAAAAACACCACUUUUCCUCUUGAUGGUGGACGUCGUGUUCAUCCCAACUCUGAGAUGAUGUAUCAUAUCAGUUGACAAGUGACACUCCUGAAAAGUGGUCAUACUGCAGCUUUUACAUGUGUCUAUUAACCAGUGGAAUAACACCGAGUACACAGUGGUGCUGGAUUAGGGCUUAAAUCUGUGAUGCAUCGGUUAGAGAGCAGCCAGGCUGAGCUUUAAAGCAUCAGCAUUUCAAACUUUCAUCUUUGUUCUUUUGCAGUUAGUAGCAUGGAGAAAACCCUCAGUGAUAUCUGUAAAUGCUGGUUUGCAAAAGUCCUCCCAAAUAGAUCCCAAAGACUCCUCUGAUGUGCAGGAAUGACAAACAAGGACGCUCAUUUUGAUCCUCUAAGAUCCUCUCAAACAUCUCAUUGAGAACGUCCUUUGAAAAGUCUUAGCUUUAUUUUGCACCCAUUAAAAUCUGAGAACUGCCUGAUUGGAGUUGGUCUACGAGGUCUCAGUUCUGCAUUAAGGGGCCUAAAGUCUGAAGGCUGACUUGACAUUUUGAACAAAGUGAAACAUCUUUGUCCUACUGUCCCUGAACACAGCUCACAGCAUCACUCUGUACUUCCAGGGUGUCUCCUCCACAGUGUACCACUCAGGUUAAUCCGCUGUAUUAUGACCAUUCAGGUGUCACAGUGUGUUCCUUUAGACAUGAAAUCACUGUAUCUCUUUCCACUCCACUGUCACUUUAUUUUACGUUCAUGGGUUUGGUCUAAAUGUGUUGCAUUUAUCUGUACACUCCACUGUAAGAGUAUGACCUGAUGUGUUUGAUAUUUCAGUACCUGCUGCUUUAUUUGUGUUUUCAGGUGUUGGGGGCGAUCUCUGAUUCAGUUUAACCAGCUCAGGGUGUGAAAAAAAAGCAGUUUGAACAAACUGUGACUCAGAUUCAUGCUGAGCAGGAUCAUUCAGAGUGCAUUUAUCAGUUUCUGAAUCUCUAACUCUGUAACAGAGAUGCUCUGUUGUAAAGAUCCCAAAUUUAAUUUGACAUUUCUCAGUAACAUUUUCUGAUACUGAUCAGUCAGCAUGAUCAGGAAUCAUACCUGCAACAACUGAAUCGAAACUACACAACAAGAGUUUUUGAACCCAGAUCUUUCAUACAAAUGUUACACUUUUGGUUAUGUUUUUUUAGUUUUCUUUCAAUGUCUUAUGUCAGACUGACUUUCAAACAACUUCCUCGAGUUAGAAAAGAAAUCAGAGAGACAGGCCGAGCUAGCUUCAGCUGCAGCUGAGCUCACAGCCUCCAAACCCUCCAACAAGCAGCAGAGGGUUGCUGAUUUUAUUGUGACAUGUUUGAACACAGUCAUUUUAUCUCUUUUAAUUACUGUUUUCUAUUCUAGAUGCAUUUCAUCUCAUGUUAACAUCACUUUAAGCUGAACUGUUCAACCAAGUGUUCAACCUGCAACAGCAGCUCAGCUCGCCGUCCCCACUGCCUCUUCAGAAAGUGUCAGAGGAGCUACUGUUUUUUUUGUUUUUUAAGUUUUAUUUGCUAAUCAUAGUUUUCUCCUUUACUAGUUUUGGAUUUAGUGCUUGGUCAGAGGUUUUAUACAGAAGUGUAGGUGAGUUUAUUAGCAGCUCAGUUAGCAGUAGCUGAGCUCGCAGCCCCUGACGCCCCGAACAAACAUCAGAGAAAUGACUAAAGACGUGAUUUAGGCGCUUUGGAUUACUGUUUUCCGUGUUGAUAGAAUUUCAUGUCACAUUUGAGCUGAACUGUUAAACCAGAAGCCACAGAAAGUUACAGACUCAGUAGCAGCAGCUCAGCUCAUGGCCCCUCUUGACGAUCUGUCUGUCAGAGAGUGUUUCAGAAACACAGAUUUUCGACACGGGUGUCUUACUUUGUGCCUUUUAACUUUUAUUCCUGCAGGUAAUUCAGCUUAAAAGCUUGUGAUUGAUGAAAACUGGAGUGCUCAGUUUGUCAAGUUUUUACAGUCAAAGCAAAUUCUAAAGAUUUUAUUGGCCUAACUCCAAAAUUCAAAAUCUAUCUUGAAUACAAAACUACAAAUAUAAGCUGCAUAACAAGCCUCAAGUUUGGCAGCACAAAAUUAUUCCCAUUGAGAUAGAAAGAAAACGAUCACUCACAUUGUUACUUUAUGUUCAACUAACCUCCAAUUUAUACCAAUCAGAUCAGUUUACCUUUACAGUACACUACAGCUCUGAAGAAAAGACACUAAACUGGUGAAGCAUCAUGGGAAUUGUAGUUGGUCCUGAGCUGGUUGAAUUGAAAGUGAAGUGGUCCUUGUUUUUUUUGUCCUUUUGUUUUCAACAGUCCCAAACAUUUCCAGAAAAAUGCCAAAAAAACCUGCAGACAUCUAAACGGCUAAGUGAUCUCCAUGUUCUCAUCCUCAAGUGCAAUUAGUGAAAACACACACACACACACACACACACACACACACACACACACACACACACACACACACACACACACACACGCGCGCACACACGCACACACACACACAGGUGCAGCAGCAUGAAGCUAAAGGACACUCCAGCUCUGAUAAAACUGGUUUUAAGGAAGUCAGAAACAGACACUGAACCCUCCACUGCAGCCCACACACACACACACACACACACACACACACACACACACACUCCAAGGUUUUUCACACCAUCAAAGUGCCACACACUCUCCUGCGCGGUGGAAAUGUAAUCAGUGUGUAGUUCUCCUGAGCUCCAUGACCUUUGACCUUACUUCUGUCUGUCUGUGUUUGUUCAAAACCUUUGGACUGUGAGUUCCUUUUAUUUCUCUGUAUUCUGCUGCUCUGCUUUAUGCUGAUGAUGGAUUUCUUUAUAUGCAACAUUCACUGGGAUGAGUUAAUGCUUCAGAUGGCAGCUCCUCUCCGUCUUUGAAGGUUCUCCACUUUAUUCACUGUACAGGUAGAGUCAUCAUAAAGUCUUUUAACCAGAA